CGCCGUUAUCGCGAGAUUCAAAUCCACCCAGCUCGCUGGACGCUAGUGCAAGAUGGAGAAAUGAAAUGUACACGCAUCUCGAUUGUUUUAGGAGACCACACAAAACUAUGCUGAGGAGGAGGAAAUGGAGCUAGUGAACCGAAGCAGUUUCUGGGAUUGUGAAUGAAACAUGAUGUUAAGUGGGUAUUGCCAAAUUACUUACUGAGCAUCAGAUAGAAACUAGUGACAAUGAAGGUCGACAGAAGCAAGUUAAAGAAAACCCCAACAGAAGCUCCUGCGGACUGCAGGACGCUCAUAGAGAAGCUCAAAGGAUGCAGCGACGAGCAACUAUUGCUGGAGCUGCAGCACAUCAAGACCUGGAAUAUUGGCAAGUGUGAGCUUUACCAUUGGGUUGACCUGCUGGACCGUUUUGAUGGGAUCCUGUGUGAUGCGGGCCAGACGGUGGAGAACAUGUCGUGGUUGCUGGUCUGUGACCGGCCGGACAACGGGCAGCUCAAAGCCUUACUACUGGCCGUGCUCAACUUCACAGCCCUGCUCAUUGAGUACAGCUUCUCCAGGCACCUCUACAGCUCCAUAGAGCACUUGACCACCCUGUUAGCAUCAUGUGACAUGCAGGUUGUUCUGUCUGUGCUGAACCUCCUCUACGUGUUCAGUAAACGCUCCAACUACAUCACCAGACUGGGCUCUGACAAGAGGACCCCUCUGCUGGCACGCCUACAACAUCUGGCUGAGAGCUGGGGAGGAAAAGAGAAUGGCUUUGGUCUGGCAGAGUGCUGCAGGGACCUGGCUAUGACGAAGUACCCUCCCAGUGCCACCACACUGCACUUUGAGUUCUAUGCUGAACCUGGCCCCGAGGUCAAAGUGGAGAGGAAGACCAGUAGUAACACACUACACUACAUUCACAUCGAACAGCUCGACAAGAUCUCUGAGAGUCCCAGUGAGAUCAUGGAGUCUCUGACGGUGAUGUACAACAUCCCUAAAGACAAGCAGACCCUGCUGUUCACGCACAUCAGACUGGCCCACGGCUUCUCCAACCACAAGAAGAGACUACAAGCUGUACAGGCCAGGCUCCACGCCAUCUCUAUCCUGGUGUACUCUAAUGCACUCCAGGAGUCUGCCAACAGUAUUCUCUACAACGGCUUGAUAGAGGAGCUGGUGGACGUGCUACAGAUUACAGACAAACAGCUUGUGGACAUAAAGGCAGCGUCUUUACGCACCUUAACGUCCAUUGUGCACCUUGAGAGGACACCCAAGCUGUCCAACAUCAUUGACUGCACCGGCACAGCCUCUUACCACGGCUUCCUGCCUGUCCUGGUGCGCAACUGCAUACAGGCCAUGAUCGACCCUCUGAUGGAGCCGUACCCGCACCAGUUUGCCACGGCGCUAUUCUCCUUCCUCUACCACCUAGCUAGUUAUGACGCUGGGGGGGAGGCCCUGGUCUCUUGUGGGAUGAUGGAAGCCCUGCUCAAGGUGAUCAAGUUCCUGGGGGACGAGCAGGACCAGAUCACGUUUGUGACGCGUGCGGUCCGAGUGGUGGACCUCAUCACCAAUCUGGACAUGGCAGCCUUCCAGUCCCACACUGGCCUUACCAUCUUCAUCAGCAGGCUGGAGCAUGAGGUAGACCUGUCUAGGAAAGAGUGUCCUUUUGUCAUUAAGCCAAAGAUCCAGAGACCCAACUCCACCGUAGAAUCUGAGGACAUGGACACGGACAUGGAUGGCCAGUCAGAAAGCAUGUCAGAAGAGAGGAUGGAGAGCAGCCCUGGUCCCUCAACUUCCUCUGGCCCCAGACCUGAGACCGAUCCCAGAGGACCCAGCAACACUUCCAGCACACCCCGUACAGGCGUCCAGUGUAUUCCCCAGAGGGCCGCUCUGUUGAAGUCAAUGUUAAACUUUUUAAAGAAGGCAAUCCAGGACCCUGCCUUCUCUGAUGGCAUCCGCCACGUCAUGGAUGGGUCCUUGCCUACCUCACUCAAGCACAUCAUCAGUAAUGCUGAGUACUAUGGACCUUCUCUCUUCCUACUGGCAACGGAGGUGGUGACAGUGUUUGUGUUCCAGGAGCCGUCUCUGCUCUCCUCCCUGCAGGAUAACGGUCUGACUGAUGUCAUGCUGCAUGCCCUGCUCAUCAAAGACGUCCCGGCCACCCGGGAGGUGCUUGGUUCUCUCCCUAACGUGUUCAGUGCCCUGUGCCUGAACGCGCGAGGCCUGCACUCCUUCGUCCAAUGCCAGCCUUUUGAGCGCCUCUUCAAGGUGCUUCUGUCACCUGACUACCUGCCUGCCAUGAGACGACGCCGCAGCUCUGACCCUCUGGGAGACACGGCAUCCAACCUGGGCAGUGCUGUGGAUGAACUGAUGAGACACCAACCCACUCUGAAGACUGACGCCACUACUGCCAUCAUCAAGUUACUGGAGGAGAUCUGUAACCUGGGCCGAGCCCCGGAGUACAUCUGUCAGAAGCCCUCUAUCCAGAAGACUGAUGGCACCGUGACCGCGCCCCCGGCACGCUCUUCCCACGCCGCCGAGGAGGCCUCUAGCGAAGACGAGGAGGAGGAGGAGGCGCUCCAUACCUUCACCCAGCAGCAGGGGGAGCCAGAGAGCAACAGACAGGUUGUUGGCACCGAAGAGAGGAUACCCAUUCCUCUGAUGGAUUACAUUCUCAAUGUGAUGAAGUUUGUGGAGUCCAUCCUGAGUAACAACACAACCGACGACCACUGUCAGGAGUUUGUCAACCAGAAGGGUCUCCUGCCCCUGGUCUCCAUCCUGGGUCUACCCAAUCUGCCCAUUGACUUCCCAACAUCAGCUGCCUGCCAGGCUGUAGCCGGGGUCUGCAAGUCCAUACUGACCCUGUCCCAUGAGCCCAAGGUGCUCCAGGAAGGGCUGUGUCAGCUGGACAGCAUCUUGUCGGCCCUCGAGCCGCUCCACCGCCCCAUUGAGGUCCCCGGGGGCUCUGUCCUCCUCCGAGAGCUCGCCACCGCCGGUCAUGUGACCGACGCCACGCUGUCGGCCCGCGCCACGCCCCUGCUACACGCGCUCACCGCUGCGCACGCCUAUAUCCUGAUGUUCGUGCACACCUGCAGGGUAGGACAGAGUGAGAUCAGGGCCAUCAGUGUGAACCAAUGGGGCUCACAGCUAGGUCUGAGUGUUCUCAAUAAGCUGAGCCAGCUCUACUGCUCUCUGGUCUGGGAGAGCACUGUGCUGCUAUCACUCUGCACACCCAACAGUCUCCCCCCAGGCUGUGAGUUUGGCCAGGCUGACAUGCAGAAGCUUGUUCCCAAGGAGGACAAGCCAUCUGGCAGCACCACAGCCACCGCCUCAGGAUCCAGGAGAGCUGCUGAUUCUGACACUGUUGCUUUGGACCCCCCUGCCACGGGUCUCCUGGAGGGGAUGGGGUUGGAUGGGGACACACUAGCCCCCAUGGAGACUGACGAGCCGACCGCCGGCACCGCUGACCCCAAGACCAAGUCUAAACUGACUCCCGCCAUGGCCACACGCAUCAAACAGAUCAAACCACUGCUCUCCGCAUCGUCUCGCCUGGGCCGGGCUCUGGCUGAACUCUUUGGUCUACUGGUGAAGCUGUGUGUGGGCUCUCCAGUCCGCCAGCGCCGCUCUCACCACGCCACCAGCACGGGCACUGCCCCCACCCCUGCCGCCAGGGCCACCGCCUCCUCCCUCACCAAGCUGCUUACCAAGGGCCUCAGCUGGCAGCCCCCGCCCUACACCCCCACCCCUCGCUUCAGGCUGACGUUCUUCAUCUGCUCGGUCGGCUUCACGUCCCCCAUGCUGUUCGAUGAGAGGAAGUACCCCUACCACCUCAUGCUGCAGAAGUUCUUCUGUUCCGGAGGACAUGAUGCGCUCUUCGAGACAUUUAACUGGGCUCUUACUAUGGGUGGUAAGGUGCCUGUCUCUGAGGGCUUGGAGCACACUGAGCUUCCUGACGGGACAGGGGAGUUUCUGGAUGCCUGGCUGAUGCUGGUGGAGAAGAUGGUGAAUCCCAGUACCGUGCUGGACUCACCCCACAGCCUGCCCGUCAAGGUCCCUGGGGUUACCCCCACCACCCCCCAAUUCAGCGCCCUGCGGUUCCUCAUCGUCACUCAGAAGGCGGCGUUUAACUGCAUCCGAAGCCUGUGGAACAGGAAACCCCUCAAAGUGUACGGGGGCCGCAUGGCUGAGUCCAUGUUGGCCAUACUCUGUCACAUCCUUCGUGGUGAACCAGUCAUCCAGGAGCGGCUAGCCAAGGAGAGGGAGGGCACGGCCCGGCCAGAGGAGGAGGGGGGCCCAGGGGCCACCACGGUGCCUGUAGGCCCCAGCUCUGGAGCUGGAGGUGGAGUUGGGGCUAUAGGAACCCCUGGAGCAGCAGUGACUGCAGCAGAGGUGCCAGCAGGUUCCGGGUCAGGACCGGCUACCGGAGGCAGUUCAGCACCACCUGCACCAGGUGAAGCAGCAGAGGACUCUAGUAACUCUACUCCCAGGAGAGAACCACAGGUUAACCAGGUUCCACUACAGCAGGGGCAGGGAGGAGGCAGGGAGAGGCAGCCAAACGUCAACCAGCAGCAGCUACAGCAGCUGAUGGACAUGGGUUUCUCCAGAGAGCAUGCCAUGGAGGCCCUGGUGAACACCAGCACCAUGGAGCAGGCCACAGAGUACCUGCUCACACACCCUCCUCCUCUACUCAGCGGAGCCGUCAGGGACAUGACCAUGUCAGAAGAAGACCAGAUGAUGAGAGCCAUCGCCAUGUCUCUGGGACAAGAGGUCAGCAUGGAGCAGCGCUCUGAUUCGCCCGAGGAGGCAGCGCGUCGUCGUGAGGAGGAUGACAGGAGAGCCAGGGAGCGUACGGAGGAGGAGGAGGCUCGCUGCUUGGAGAGGUUCCUGGAGGCCGAGCCACUGGACAUUACGGAGCUCCACGCCUUCACUGACUCCAUGCUCCCCGGCUGCUUCCACCUGCUGGACGAGCUGCCAGACACAGUCUACCGCCUCUGUGACUUGCUCAUGACCGCCAUCAAGAGGAGCGGCCCCGAGUACAGGGACCUCAUCCUACGACAGGUCGUCAACCAGGUGUGGGAGGCAGCAGACGUGCUGAUCAAGGCAGCAGUACCCCUGACCACCAGCGACACCAAAACGGUGUCCGAGUGGACCAGACAGAUGGCCACCCUGCCCCAAGCCUCCAACCUGGCAACACGCAUCCUGCUGCUCACAUUGCUCUUUGAGGAGUUGAAGCUGUCGUGUGCCAGGGUGGUGGAGAACAGUGGGAUCCUCAAUGUGCUCAUCAAGCUGCUGGAGGUGGUGCAGCCCUGUCUGCAGGCUGCCAAGGAGCAGAAGGACAUCCAGACACCCAAGUGGAUCACUCCAGUGUUGCUGAUCAUUGACUUCUACGAGAAAAUGGCCGUCUCAUCCAAACGCAGAGCGCAGAUGAACAAGUACCUGCAGCCCAAUGGUAAUAACUGGCGUUGGUUUGAUGACCGGUCCGGCCGCUGGUGCAGCUACUCUGCCUCUAACAACAGCACUAUAGACUCAGCCUGGAGGGCUGGAGAAAGCAGCGUCCGAUUCACUGCGGGACGCAGGCGAUACACCGUACAGUUCAACACCAUGGUCCAGGUGAAUGAGGAGACGGGUAACCGUCGUCCGGUGAUGCUCACGGUCCAGAGAGUGCCUCGCGUUCCUAAGCCGGCCAAGACGGGCAGCAUGACGGACUCUGAGAGAGAGGAGGGAGACAGGGGCAAGGCAGAGGAGACUCAGACAGACCCAGACUCUGCCCCAGUAGCCGUGGAGAUGAGUGCUCCAAAAGAGGACAAUGCUACCCCCCAACUAAAAGAGUCCUCCUCCGGUCCCUCUGCUCCCCCCGCCCCCCCUCCCGCAACCCCCCCUGGACCCCACAUCGGAACGCACCGGGACAGGAGGAGCCAUCGGGUACAGGGCUUGACAGAGGAUAUGACCACAGUGCUCAUCAGAGCCUGUGUCUCCAUGAUCAGUGUCCCUGUGGACCCAGACACCCUCCACGCCACACUAAGGCUAUGCCUGCGCCUGACGAGGACCCACCAUUACGCCAUGAUGUUUGCUGAGCUGAAGAGUACCAGGAUGAUCCUGGGGCUGACGCAGGGGUCAGGGUUCAAUGGCUUCACGCCCCUCGUCACCCUGCUGUUCAGACACAUCAUAGAGGACCCCGCCACGCUACGACACACCAUGGAGAAGGUGGUACGGUCAGCAGUGACCAGCGGGGCGGGCAGCACCACGUCAGGUGUGGUAUCAGGCUCCCUAGGCUCCAGAGAGAUCAACUACAUUCUGCGUGUUCUGGGCCCUGCCGCCUGCCGGAACCCGGACUGCUUCGCUGACACAGCCAACAGCUGCGUCCGCAUCGCCCUGCCCGCACCUCGCGGAGCUGGUACGGCCUCAGAUGAUGAGUUUGAGAAUCUGCGUAUCAAGGGGCCUAACGCGGUGCAGUUAGUGAAGACCACCCCCCUCAAAAUGUCUCCGCUGCCCCCCAUCCCUGACACCAUCAAAGAGGUCAUCUAUGACAUGCUAAAUGCCCUGGCCGCCUACCACGCCCCUGAAGAGGCGGAGCGUCCAGAGGAGCGUGCGGUGGCGGUGCCCGGGGGGCAGGACCUGUGUCAGAUCCUCCAGGAUGUGGGCGACGACGUUUACCAGCAGUACAGACUCACCAGACAGGGCAGUGACUUCGACUCGCAGUCCGCUUUCCAUAUCAACCCCCAGGUGUUUUCUGCAGAUGGAGCGGUAGCUGAUUCCUCUCAGUCUGGAACACCCCAGGGAGAAGCCUCUACUCCAGAGGAGAUGCGUGAGGAGAAGAAGGAGGUGGAGGGGGAGAAGGGAGCCAGCUCAGAGGAAGGUAAGGGGGCCAAGGCUAAGGCCUCCAAGCCCCUGAUGCCCACCUCCACCAUCCUGCGUCUCCUGGCAGAGCUGGUCAGGUCCUACGUGGGCAUCGCCACCCUCAUAGCAUCCUACUGCUACACGGCCGGACAGUCUGAGCUCAUCAAGGAGGACUGCAGUGUAUUAGCCUUCGUGCUGGACCACCUGUUGCCCCACACCCAGAGCUCUGAGGACAAGGACACCCCAGCCCUGGCACGCCUCUUCCUGGCCAGCCUGGCAGCCGCUGGCACAGGCACCGAUGCACAGGUGGCCCUGGUCAAUGAGGUGAAGGCCGCACUCAGCCGGGCGCUGGCCAUGGCAGAGGGCACGGAGAAACACGCCAGGCUCCAGGCGGUGAUGUGCAUCAUCAGCACCAUCAUGGAGUCGUGUCCGUCCACCUCUAGCUUCUACAGCACGUCAGCAGCCAAGACGCAGCACAACGGCAUGAACAACAUCAUACGCCUCUUCCUCAAGAAAGGACUGGUCAACGACCUGGCUAGAGUACCGCACAGCCUCGAUCUGUCCAGUCCCAACAUGGCAAACACAGUGAAUGCAGCGCUGAAGCCCUUAGAGACUCUGUCCCGCAUCGUCAACCAGCCCAGCAGCCUGUUUGGAGGGAAGGGGGGAUCCAGCAAGAACAAGGCUGAGCACGACACUGUGGGAGCCGCCAGAGACUCCAAUAGCAACACACAAGGUGACUCUGGUGAGGCUGAGGGGACUCUGGUGGAGGGCAGUCACAGGGUCCAGGGGACAGACAGUGACCUGAUGGAUGGAGAGACGGAGGGAGACACGGCAGUCAUCGCUGGUCAGCCGGAGGUGCUCAGCACAACGGCCAUGCAGGUGGAGAACGAGCUGGUGGAUCUGAUAGACGAGCUGUUGGAGAGAGACGCUGGCGCCGUCAAUAGCUCCAUUAUCGUGGGACGUGGCAGUGGUGAGGAUGAAUCACAAGAGGAUGUGUUGAUGGAUGAGGCACCCUCCAAUAUCAGUCAGGCUUCUACUCUACAGGCCAACCGAGAAGACUCUAUGAACAUCCUGGAGCCUGAGGAUGAGGAGCACACGCAGGAGGAGGACUCCAGUGGCAGCAACGAUGAAGAAGACAGCCAGGACGAAGAGGAGGAGGAAGAAGAGGAAGAGGAGGAGGAUCAGGACGAUGAAGAAGGAGAUGAGGAUGAUGACGAUGAAGGUUCCGAGAUGGAGCUGGAUGAAGAUUUCCCAGACAUCAACGCGGCGCCACACAUUCGCUUCGAGAGGUUUGACCGCGACGAUGACCUCAUCAUAGAGUUUGACAACAUGUUCUCCACCACCGCUGACAUCCCUCCCUCCCCAGGCAACAUUCCCAGCUCUCACCCCCUGAUGGUGCGUCACGCCGACCACGGCUCCCUAACGCUGGGCGGAGCUGGCACCAACAACCGCCUGGCGCAGGGCAUGGGUCGUAGCCAGAGAACACUACGCCAGCUCACCGCCAACACGGGCCACACGAUACACGUCCACUACCCCGGGAACAGACAGCCCAACCCUCCACUCAUCCUGCAGAGACUGCUAGGUCCCAGUGCUGCAGCUGACAUCCUGCAGCUGUCCAGCUCUCUGCCCCUGCAGUCCCGCGGCCGCGCACGUCUCCUGGUGGGCAACGAGGACGUGCACAUCAUCGCCCGCUCCGACGACGAGCUGCUCGACGACUUCUUCCACGAGCAGAGCAGCACCGGAGGACAAGCCGGCACUCUGUCCAGUAUCCCCACUGCCUUAACCCGAUGGACUGAUGAGUGUAAAGUACUGGACGCUGAGAGCAUGCACGACUGUGUAGCAGUGGUGAAGGUUCCUAUCCUGCAACACUUGGAGACCCUGAGAGACGAGGAGCUGGAGGAGAGGAGGGAGAAGAAAAGACGCCAGCUGGCGGAGGAGGAGGAGGCUAAGCAGAACGACAGAAGGACAGGGGGAGAGGAGGCCAGGGAGCAGAGUCUACAGGGCUCGGGACUGGGGACUGUCAAUGGUGCGGCUGGAGAGACCACUGCUGACUCAGAAGGUGAGGCCCAGGGCAGUGGUGUGUCGUGUCUGGACCCCCCUCGGGUCUCGGAUGGUUUCCUCACCGCUCCCCCCUCAGGAGAGGUCACCCCCACAACCCCCGCCCCCCACGAACAGGCCCUGGUUUCCCUGGAGACUGCCAUCAGCCAGCAGGUCCACCAGCCAAUCGCAGACCUGCUCCUGGCCGAGUCGCAUGCCAAUUCACUGGCCGCCCUGGCAGGGGCCGGUCUUCCUGCCCUUGCGGCGGCAUCCGAUAGGCCGACCUGCGAAGUGGAGGCGUCACAGAUGGAAAUGUCCCCGGUGCCCACUAUUGGUGAGAGAGGAGGAGCGAUGGAUGGAGGCAGGGAAGCCUCCCUGAGUCCAGACAUCGUGGAGACCGCUGAGCCUGCAGCGGUGGGCUUGUCACUACUGGAAGGGUCUCCCAUGGAUACCAGUAGCCCCAUUUCUGCCACGCAGGAAGAGCCCAUCCCCAACCCCACCCAGGCUGUCCAUCUGCCACAGGAGCUGUCAGGGAGUGGAGACGGCGGACAGACGGCCAGGCAGACAGACGGGGAGUCAGGCUCCACCUCUGUCUCCUCCCCUGGAGAGACAAUGCCCCGGAGUGACAGCGCAGACAGCCAAUCCCAGGCCAUCCAGGAAGAGCCCUUCCCAUCCACCAGCAAUGAGGAUGAGGACCCACUGGCAGGCAUCAGUCUACCAGAGGGUGUAGACCCAUCCUUCCUGGCAGCUCUUCCAGAGGAUAUCCGUCGUGAGGUGCUUCAGAACCAGCUGGGUAUCCGACCCCCAGCACGCCCCCCUGCCCCGCCACCCUCCCCCUCCACCACUGCCCCCGUACUGGGAGGAGGACCCGGCGUCACAGAAGUCAGCCCUGAGUUCCUGGCUGCCCUGCCACCCGCCAUACAGGAGGAGGUCCUGGCCCAACAACGUGCUGAACAGCAGCGUAGAGAGCUGUCCCAGCAGCCCACGCAGGGCGACACUCCCCUGGACCCCGUCACCUUCAUCCAGACCCUCCCCUCGGAGCUGCGGCGCUCCGUCCUAGAAGACAUGGAGGACAGCGUGCUGGCUGUCAUGCCCCCGGACAUCGCCGCCGAGGCAGCUGCACUGCGCCGGGAGCAGGAGGCUCGUCAGAGACAGCUGAUGCACGAGAGGCUGUUCGGCCAUAGUUCCAGCUCGGCCCUGUCGGCCAUUUUGAGGUCGCCUGCGUUUACCAGCCGCCUGGGGGGCAACCGAGGGGUACAGUACACCCGCCUUGCCGUGCAGAGAGGCGGGACCUUCCAAAUGGGAGGAGGGGCCAACCAGAGCAGACCGUCCAGUUCCAGUGUAGACUCUCUGCUGCGUCUGCGGGGUCGUCUGCUCCUGGACCACGAGGCAUUGUCCUGUCUCCUAGUCCUCCUCUUCGUAGACGAACCCAAACUGAACACCAGCCGUCUGCACCGCGUGCUCCGCAACCUGUGCUACCACUCCCAGACGCGUGGCUGGGUCAUCCGCAGUCUCCUCUCCAUCCUGCAGCGCAGCAGCGAGAGUGAGGUUUGUGUCGAGACCACCCGCCUGGAAGACGCCAGAGGCAAGCGGACUGCCGGCGCAACCGCUUCCGCCGCCCUCUCUUCCUCCUCUAUGGAGCUUCUCAACCGGGUGGAGUCUCGUAGCUCCUCCCAGCUCUCUUGGCUGUCCGUUUCCAUGGACGCGGCGCUAGGAUGCCGUACAAACAUUUUCCAGAUCCAGCGGGCGUCGGGACGGAAGCAUGCCGACCGGCACUCUGCAGGAGGGUCGACCGUACACAUCCACCCCCAGGCUGCCCCUGUGGUCUGUCGGCACGUACUGGAUACUCUUAUCCAACUGGCCAAGGUGUUCCCCAGUCACUUCACCCAGCAGCGCUGUAAGGACCUGCUCUCCUCCUCCACAUCUGAACUAGACUCCCGUCUGUGUGCUGCUGCCUCUAUCUCCCUUGGCAUCUCUACUGACUUCUGGGACCUGCUGGUGAAGCUGGACAACAUGAAUGUGUCGAGGAAAGGCAAGGCCUCCAUGAAGACUCUUCCCCUGGGGGCGGGAGGGGAGGCAGAUGGGGCUCAGUUCAGCCUAGAGGCUUCUCCUCUGGGCCAGCUGAUGAAUAUGCUGUCCCACCCAGUGAUACGACGCUCCUCCCUGCUAACCGAGAAGCUACUGCGUCUCCUUUCCCUCAUCUCCAUCGCCCUGCCCGAUAAUAAGGCUACGGAAGUCCCCGCCGGACACCCAACACCACAGACCACCACCGUCAGUGCAGCCGUCGCCACUCCAGGCUCUGUCUCUGCCUCUGUUCAGGGGAACACUGUAGGGGUGGUCUCAGGCGUCGGGGUGGUGUCGGGGGCCUCUGUAGUGGCUGCAGCGCAGGGCUCGUCCUCAGGGACAGGCCAGACCUCUACAGCUAUAGUCUCUAUACCCACCACUACUGGAGCCAGCGCCACAGGGAAGCAUAGAGCGACCGUGCUCUGUGUUGAAAGUGACACCAAGCUGGCCUCCACUGGACUCACUGAGAAACAACUACAGCUCUCUGUCGAGGUGCUGACCAGUCACUCGUGUUCAGAGGAGGGUCUGGAGGAUGCAGCCAACAUCCUGCUCCAGCUGUCCAGAGGAGAUGGAACCACCAGAGACACUGUGCUCCGUCUGCUGCUGAGUGGUGCUAGACACCUGGGAUACACACUCUGCAAACAGAUUGGCACAUUAUUGGCUGAGCUGCGUGAGUACAACCUGGAGCAGCAGAGGAGAGCCCGGGCCGACGCCCAGUCACCUGACGCCCCGGCCGAGGACACUUCCCUCUCUGCCAGGCUGAAGGCCGGCAAGCUCUCUAGCAGGUUCGACGGCUCGGAGAGCGUGGUGAUCGUGGCAGCCCAGAAGCGGACGCUGGGCGGGCGGGAGCUGCAGCUGCCCUGCAUGUCCUCCCUGACCUCGAAGACGUCCACCCAGAAGUUCUUCCUGCGGGUUCUGCAGGUCAUCAUCCAACUCCGAGAGGACACGCGCCGCGCCAACAAGAAGGCCAAGCAGACCGGACGACUAGGCUCCACCAGUCUGGGCUCUGCCAGCAGUAUCCAAGCAGCGGUACGUCAGCUUGAAGCCGAGGCUGACGCCAUCAUCCAGAUGGUGAGAGAGGGGCAGCGGGCACGCCGCCUCCAGCAGGCACCCCCGCCUUCCGCCUCUGUCGCCGGAUCCUCCGUGGCUGCCUCCCAUGCCCCCGCCGCUGCCCCCCCUGCCCCCGCCACGGCGAGCGCUGCAACGUCGGAGGUAGGGUCAGUGUCGGAGCCCCAGGCAGCCCAGAGGGAUGAGUCUCCCAUGGAUGUAGACCAGCCAUCCCCUCUGGAGCAGGACCUUGCACCCCUGGAUGAAGAAGGCAACGGCCAAUCCGAGACAGAGGAGCGUCUCCCAGACCUCCCCCUGCUAAGCGAGCAGCUUCUGUUAGACGAGCUGUGGGACAUGCUCGGGGAGUGCCUGAAGGAACUGGAGGAGUCACAUGAUCAGCACGCCGUUCUGGUUCUUCAGCCGGCAGUGGAGGCCUUCUUCCUGGUCCAUGCCACAGAGAGGGAGAGCAAGCCCCCCGUCAGGGACACCAGGGAGAGCCAAUUGUCCCACAUCAAAGAUGAGCCUCCCCCCCUGUCCCCUGCGCCCCUCACCCCCGCCACCCCCUCUUCUCUGGACCCCUUCUUCUCCAGGGAACCCUCCUCCAUGCACAUUUCCUCCAACCUGCCUCCCGACACACAGAAGUUCCUCCGCUUUGCCGAGACUCACCGCACCGUGCUUAACCAGAUUCUGCGUCAGUCCACCACCCACCUGGCUGACGGACCCUUCGCUGUGCUGGUCGACUACAUCCGUAUCCUCGACUUUGACGUCAAGCGGAAAUACUUCCGUCAGGAGCUGGAGCGUCUGGACGAGGGUCUGAGGAAGGAGGACAUGGCUGUCCACGUCAGGAGGGACCACGUCUUUGAAGACUCUUACAGAGAGCUGCACCGCAAGAGCCCCGAGGACAUGAAGAACAGACUGUACAUAGUGUUUGAAGGGGAGGAGGGUCAGGAUGCCGGAGGUCUGCUGAGAGAGUGGUACAUGAUCAUCUCCAGGGAGAUGUUUAACGCCAUGUACGCCCUGUUCCGCACCUCGCCUGGCGACAGGGUCACCUACACCAUUAACCCCUCGUCCCACUGCAACCCAAACCACCUCAGCUACUUCAAGUUCGUAGGUCGCGUGGUGGCCAAGGCCGUCUACGACAACCGACUACUGGAGUGCUACUUCACACGCAGCUUCUACAAGCACAUCCUGGGCAAGAGUGUCAGGUACACAGACAUGGAGAGUGAGGACUACCCAUUCUUCCAGGGCCUUGUCUACCUGCUGGAGAAUGAUGUCUCCACUCUGGGCUAUGAGCUGACGUUUAGCACUGAGGUCCAGGAGUUUGGUGUGUGUGAGGUGCGGGACCUGAAGCCUAACGGAGGCAACAUCAUUGUCACCGAGGAGAACAAAAAGGAGUACGUUCACCUAGUCUGUCAGAUGAAGAUGACUGGUGCGAUCCGUAAGCAGCUGUCAGCCUAUCUGGAGGGUUUCUACGAGAUCAUCCCCAAGAGGCUGAUCUCCAUCUUCACAGAGCAGGAGCUGGAGCUGCUCAUAUCUGGCCUGCCCACUAUAGAUAUAGAUGACCUCAAGGCCAACACAGAGUACCACAAGUACCAGUCCAGCUCCAUACAGAUCCAGUGGUUCUGGCGGGCCCUGCGUUCCUUCGACCAGGCGGACAGAGCCAAGUUCCUGCAGUUCGUGACGGGCACGUCCAAGGUUCCUCUGCAGGGCUUCGCCGCGCUGGAGGGCAUGAACGGAAUACAGAAGUUCCAGAUCCACCGCGAUGACCGCUCCACCGACCGCCUACCGUCAGCUCACACCUGCUUUAACCAGCUGGACCUCCCAGCCUACGAGAGCUACGAGAAACUGAGACACAUGCUGCUGCUGGCCAUUCAGGAAUGCUCAGAGGGAUUCGGACUGGCUUAGACCUACCCACACUGAGACUCUUAACAUAUACACACAAUUUAUCUUGCCUACUCUGAAAGAUUGAAACUGAUGACACACAGACGCACCAUCAUUGACAUUACUGGGUGACUUGUUGGGAAAAUGGCCUCUAGACAUACAACUGGUUCCUAAUCCAUAUAAAGAACAGACCGACCAGCAGCGUGGUAUGAUGGACUGACUGACUGAUAUUACUUACUACACACAGAGCUUCAUGUCAAUAGACACACAGACCUGAACCUGGUAUGUGUGAAUCUCCCUCCCCUCCCACAUUUAAAUGGCAGAAACCUGAGAGGGAGUGAAUUCAGAGGAUAAAAACAUGGACUAAUAUAAAAUACAUUUUCUCUGUUUAGUUUGAUUUCUCUGUACAAAAGGUUUGGGAGUUUAUGUUUAAUCUUUUUUGUUCUUCUCUGGCUGUGUAAAAAGGAGAAGGUUGUUUGUGUGUCUGAACAGGAUGGUUAUAAAACCUUUGGGGGAAAAUGUUGGUUGUUUCUUGUUUGCGAAUUUGUGACCUCAUAAGCCUUGAAGAUGGGGGAAAUGUUUUUAUGGGGAAAGAAGGAGAAAAAAAGAAGUUUUGAAGAAAUGCACUUUUCAAAGUUGUGGCAUUUUUAUGGAAGGAUAGUCCAAAAAAAUGAAGAGAACAAGUGAAGAAAGCAGAUGAUAAAGAAAUUAACCACAAAAUCUAGAGUAUUUUUGGCUAUUAAAUCGCUGACCCAGCCUUGAGCCUUUGAAUCAGUGAAAUAACUACAUGAAUAAAUGCAUAAAAUUGA